AUGUCGGCCCAGUGGCGCUUGCUGGAGCCGUUGGUCCAUUUGGACGAGAACGUGACGGUUCUAUUUAUCAUUCACACACUGAUGCUCUCGUACGCAGAGAAGAAAUACUCGUUUGUCGUGUCUCCUGAUGAUACGAUCGAGGCAGUUCUCCAGCUGUUGUUCAAGAUUUGUGCCCAGAAGAUCACCUCGGACUCACCGCUUCAUUAUACUGAUAUUGACCAUAUACAGCUCCCCAGUGGCGUGAAGCUACGGCCUCAUCAGUUCAGAACUCCCAUUCUGGUUUACAUAGGGCAUGAUGACGCCAUCGUGGUGAGAAUGCGGUUUUCGUGGCAGAGAGAAUUGGCAGAAGGGUUUGCCUACUUCAUGGUUUUCUUUGUCAUUGCCGCUGUGGUUUUGUUUGCGGUGAUGCAGAUACUGCGGUUGGUCAGUUGA